GGCCUUUACCUAUCUAUGUCUAUGUAAGUGGUAGUUUUGACAGGGUAUGCUUACGUUCGUUGGAAAUGGCGGCUAGUUAUAAAACAAUUCAUCCAGUGAAAUACUACAGAGACUUCCUAGCGCAGAAUGUGAGGCCAGAUGGUCGAAGUUUACAGACAUUUCGCCCGGUGUCAAUUAAUGUGGGCUCUAUAAAAACAGCUGAAGGCUCAGCUAUUGUUAAAAUUGGAAACACUACGGUUGUGUGUGGAAUCAAAGCUGAACUGGCAAAACCAAAAGCUGAAGAACCUAACUUUGGAUAUCUUGUACCAAACGUAGAACUUCCACCACUUUGCUCACCUAAGUUUCGCCCUGGACCACCGAGUGACCAGGCACAAGUGUCGAGUAAUUUUAUUGCUGAAACACUCACUAACUCCAGAUGUAUAGAUCUGAGGGAUUUAUGCAUUGUAUCAGAGCAUUUGGCAUGGGUUCUUCAUUGUGAUUUAAUUUGUUUGGACCAUGACGGAUCAUUAUUGGACGCAUGUGUCAUAGCGCUUGUAGCAGCUCUCAGAACUGUGGAACUUCCCCAUGUUUUAUAUGAUGCUGAAGCAGAGAAAACAGUUGUUUCUGCUGAGAAGAGAAGUAAACUUAAGGUGCAUAGCGAACCUGUAGCCACAACUUACACCAUUUUUGAUGAUGAAAUCCUCUUAACAGAUCCAACAAAUGAAGAAGAGAGCUUAUCAAGUGGCAUCAUGACUGUUGUUGUUCAAGGGGACAAAUUGUGUUCUGUGCACAAACCAGGAGGGAGUCCUCUAACAGACGCACAGUUACAGGAAUGUAUAAAUGGUGCCAUGAAGAGAGCAGAACACAUCAACAAACUUAUUAAUACUGCUCUUAAAUCUCAUGAAACUUAAAUUUUUAAAACAGCUGAUACUAAUACUGACAAGAAAAUACACUAAUAAAAAGAUUAAUGAAAAUAAAAAUAAGCUGGUAUUUACUGUUCAAGGAUAUUGUUUAUAGUGACUGGCUGGUGAAUUUUAGCUACAUUUGUCUAUUAGUGAUGUUUGGACAUGUGGUUAUUUAAUUCCUUCACUGUAACUAAAAAUAUGCUUGUGUCUUUACACAUAUAUGAAGAAAUGCCAGUUUUGAUUGUAUUAUUUUGUUCCUGUGUGUAUGAAUAUGUUGUCUCUCAAUGUUCAAACCAUUACCCACAUUCAUACUUUUCAUCCUUGUGUUUAACCCUUUGAAGGCGGCAAAGUUCGUCUAAGUAAUAUUUACGAAUUCAGCUGUACCACAAAGAAAACACUACACUUCACCAUUACAAAUAUCAGCUAGUUAAUGCAGUUUAAGGAAAUAAUCGUUGCUUACACUGAGGAUCAUGCAAAACAGAUAAAUACAAAUUCAGAUUUCUUGAUUUUUAAAGCAGGCGGUACGAAGCCUACAGUUACCACUCAGCUUUGGCUGCCUUUCCUCCACACUGUUUUCACAGCUCUACAUUUUCCUGUUCCCUUUGUCAUGGAACUGUCUACCUUAUUUAUUUAUGGUACAAUCUUUGUGUAUCCACUGAAGCUCUACAUUGCUGAGCAUACUUACUUAACUUAGACAUCAAUUUAUUUCAUAAUUACAUUUCAUGUAAUUUUUUAUAUUAAUUUCCCACAAGAUUUUUUGAAUUUAGUUUUGUUUCAAAGCAAAUGGUUACAAAGGGUUCUUAAAUUACUGAAAUAUUGUGUAUUAUUGUUUUAUUUAGAACUUGUUUUGUAAAGUGUCUCAAGUUCUGAGUGAAAUGUAGCUCUGACAAUCAGUGUAUCUAAUUAAUCAUGUAAAAAAUUCCAGAUCUUCGUACCACCCACAAUUUUUAUGGGAAACUAGCCGGACACUUGUUCAUAUGAUUCCAUAAUAAUAACCAGUAUUUUCACACUAAACAGAACAAUAAUUUUCGUUACAAUAGAGAUUGGAAUGCAUAUCCGAUGAAACUGGUAGCUGCACUGUCUUAUCAUUGCUUUCAUAUACAGUUAUAACUGUAGGGUUAGAAAUUUUGGGGUUUCUAAUACUCAUUUUUACUAAUUUAUGUACAUUUGAGUAGCGAAAGUCAAUGGGUCCCAGUCCAGAUCUUAUUUAACCUUAAGGUAACCAGGAUAGAUUAAAUUAAAUAUGUAGGAUUUAAAUUGUUGAAAAGACUCUAGCAGACACUAUUUACAAACUGUAUAAAGAAAACAAAAGAUAAACUUAGUAAAACAAAUGUAUUUAGUAACAAAGUACACUGUUUUUUUACCAAUUGUAUCUGAAUUAUUUGUUAAUAAAGUUUUUUAUGUA